AUGCGGCCGCUCGACGCACGAGCAGCACCGAGAGGGACCCUCUUUGUGAAGGGGAGGACCUCAUCGGUCUUCUAUACCAUCGAUAUGGAUGGGAACCCGAGUCGGCGGCUCGAGAAGGUCGGUUUAUAUCAAGUGGGAAAAGCGAUCGGUCGUGGUAACUUCGCUACUGUGAGGUUAGCCAAACAUGAAAUCGCAAAGACAAAGGUCGCACUAAAAGUUGUGAAUAGGGCAGCGCUUGAUGAGGAGAAUUUAAUACGAUUGGAGAGGGAGAUGCGGAUAUUAACACGUAUCAAUCAUCCCCAUAUUGUUAAAUUAUAUGAGAUAAUGCGUACGGAAACGACAAUUUAUAUAGUUACUGAGUAUUGUAGUGGUGGAGAACUUUUUGAAAUUUUAAUAGAACGUGGUAGAACGGCUGAAGAUGAGGCGCGGCGAUGGUUCGGUCAAACCGCAUCCGCUGUCGCCUACUUGCAUCACAAAGGCAUUGUUCAUCGAGAUUUGAAGGCUGAGAAUAUACUAUUGGAUAAAAGUAGUAACAUUAAAAUAAUAGACUUCGGUUUUUCCAAUACGCAAGCACCGUCACAGUUGCUGCGGACGUGGUGUGGUUCGCCCCCCUACGCUGCUCCUGAACUUUUAUUAGGCAAAGAAUACGAUGGUCUUAAAGCCGAUAUCUGGUCUCUGGGUGUGAUUUUGUAUAUUCUGGUCACGGGUGGAUUUCCGUUUCCUGGCGAUAACGUCGAGAAUCUGAAGCGGGCUGUACUGUCAUGUCAAAUGAAAAUCCCGUAUUGGGUGUCUGUUGAAUGUGCGGAUUUAAUCAAGAAGAUGCUUGUAUUCAAUCCAUUCAAACGGUGUAAUAUCAAUUCCGUUAUGCAGCAUCGGUGGUUAACUAAUUGUCAAUCCGCAAAAACACAUCUACUGGUAAAGAAUAGCAUGCUUGCUUCUGCGACGUGUCUACCCGAACGAAGGUCGUUCAAGCUGAAUCCAACCAUAUUGUUAUUCAUGCAGCAACAUGGACGAUGGACGGAGGAGCAGAUUGUGGAAGAUGUUCUCAAGCAAAACUUCGAAAGCCCAAUAUUCGCUACGUACGAGUUGUUAUGUGACAAAGUUGGGAAAAAUUCUUUGGAAGGAACCACUGACGACCAUCCACGAAGGGGAUCGCGAGGAUCGAUACUUAGUGGAAAAGCAAAUGUUGAACCGGAGCCAAUCACACCGACAAUCUCCGCUCAUCACCUUGCUCAGCUCAACUUAUCAACGAGUUUCGAAUGCGAUUCUGACGAUUCUUCUGCAUCUGAUAUUUGCGACGAUUCACCUUCAAGUUCGAGUCGUAAUAGAGCUCAAGGACGAUGUCAGUUCGGUUUGGCUAUGAAGGAAGAGCAGGGAAAUCGUAAUGAACACAGGAGGCAUACACUGUGUGCAAGUGAGCAAAUUCUUUCUCCGGAUAUGAUGGCACAACUUCCUAUAGGUUCCCCAUUACAUCAGGCGGCACUCAACCAUUCGGCUCUCACCGACUUGGCCUUACAUUCUGGUAAUGCGUGUGUAAUGACCUCUCCUCAGUUGCCUUUGUUUCCUGGCGUACCACUUUUGCCAAUUCUGGAUUACACUCGGAUGUUGCCCGUCCCAAACAGUGAACGGCGUGCAUCCGCUGGUGAAAAUCUCUUAAAUCCGGGUGCUAUAGAAAAUUUGAAUCACCUCGUUCAGCCAGCUCCACCAUCGGGUACUGCAGCUGGAAGUGUUGAAGAGGAGGGUGAAGGAUAUCUAAACAAAUACGCUGGGAAGAGAAAUACAGUCCAUGGCGCUUCUUCACCAUUUGGUCCCUCAUCACCUGUGCCUCGACAUAGUCCUUACACCAAAGCGUCGUCAUCAGAGAGACGAAGUAGUUGGGCUUCGCCAGCAAUAACCGCUCAACAACAUCAACAACUAGAACGACUGUAUCGUCAAGCAAUUUCGGGUUCCGGUGGAAAUGAUCUAAUGGGUAUUCAAGCAUUACAAAAGGAAUUUCAACGACUUGGACAGAUUGCUGCUCAAGGUUGCAGUCCAACUGCGAGCCGAUCACCCACACAUUUCUUCGACCAUCGAACAGCACCUUUCGGAUGCCCUCGGAUAUCUAUUACAGACGAACAUAAUCGUAGCCUAGCGCCUGGAUCGAGUUCAUUCGAUCCAGUAAAUCUGUUCGAACAGAAAGUCAACGAAAUGGUGUUUGGACAACGACCGGCAACAGUAAUCGGCUUUGCGUCGACAUCUAAGUCGGGAACGUCUUCUCCUGAGCAAAAUGUCAAAAUCGAUGAUAAGGACAACAUGGACGAUCGAGUCAAGAGCUUUGUUUCCACUCUACCUCUUGUCGAUGUUGUUCAAGAACUGAAAAACUGUUUGAACGAAAUGCAAAUUCGAUUUGAAGAGACGAAUGAAGUGGUUUAUAUGGACCAAGAAAUGCGUCGUUUAUCCCUAUCCACUGGUGUUGAAAUCGGCUGCGCUACACUUCCACCGGAGCAAAAAUCGCAUGUCGAAUUCGCGAUAGUCGCAGGCGAUUCACCGACCAGCGAGCUGCUUUGCGACGAGCUCAUCUCACGGCUAAGGGUUCUAGACCCUGCUGCGUCAUCUGAAUAA